GUAGAACAAAAACACAAACGAGAAAAAUGAUGAAAAGGUGAGAGAUUUAAAAACAUUAAACAAUUAUUAAAAAGAUUUCAAGAAAAGUCAACAAAAAAAAAUUAAGAAUACGCGCACAGUUGAAUUGACCAAGCCACCACCACGUUGCGUCCGAACCAAGACGCACACUGGACGGUGCUUUCACCAAACCUACAAUAGUGGGCCCCAUUUAAUUCCCGAACCAAAUUAGGUUCGGAUAUUCUUUUCCCCCUUCUAUAAAUUCACGUUCUCGAUUCGCUUCAACGCGUGUCUCUCGAUUCUCGCUAACGAUAUUUCUCUGAUUAAGGAAAAAAGUGAUAUAAGAGUGAAGGUGAUCAAGAUGGCAUUAGUAUCUGGAGGAAGAUCAACACUAAACCCUAAUGCACCACUUUACAUUCCGGCUGCUUUUCGCCAUGUGGAGGAUUUCUCUCCGGAAUGGUGGCAGUUGGUGACAACACUUACAUGGUAUCAUGAUUACUGGGUUAGCCAGCUAAAUGAAGAUGAAGACUUUUAUGAUGAUGAUGAAUUUGUUGGCAAUGAUGUGGUUGAUUUGUUGCCUGAUGCAUUUGAUCUUGAUGUUGAUGAUGAUCUUUCUAUUGAAGCUCAACUUGAAGAGUUUAUCAGGUCUUCUGAAGCACAAGAGCAAACUUUUGUGGAGGCAAAGAAAUUUACUGGAUGAGCCGAAGACGGAGCUUCCAACACAUCUACCAAAGAGGCCGAAUGCGAUGAUCUUGCUUUAGCUUUCGGUCGUUUAGCUAAUGUAUCAUGUCAGAUUUAACUUUCUGUAACUUUUGUAUAGGUAAAGUUUCAAAUUUCAAUCAUUCCUUCUUACCAAAAUCUAUGGUAAAUAGAGAGAAGGAAAAGAAAAAAUGUAAAAAAUAUUUCAAGUAUUGACGUUGUAAUAGCUGCUACAAGUAAUAUGGCAAAAUGAGAAUAGAAAAAAGUAAAAAAGAAGUAAGAUUUGUUUUACUCAUAAA